ACAUGGCGCACACCACUGGUAGUAGAAGCACGUGACGUGCCAUUCCCGCACAGUAGCGCCGGCGCGGAGACAUCCGUGCCAUUGUAGCCGGUGUAAAACGAGCUUUCGCUGGCGAUUUUAGCGAUGGUGCACAGAGCAGUUUGCUUGCGUGCGCUACUAGCUGCGGCUGGUCGUUCCACUGGAGGUGCUGCCGGCUUCCAGCAACGGCUGCUCUGGAGCGCGCCGCGUCGCUUCAGCAGCACGGCGACUGCUCGGUUGCUGUUGGAAGGGGGGCAGCAACGGUGGCGUCCUGUAUUGUGGGCUUUACGGCCCUACUCGACACAGCCGGAGUCCAAGGAACACACUAUCAUUAAGAAUGAUGAACGUGGAAGUGGGCCAAGUGAAAUGCGUGAGUUCCGGGCAGAGACGCGCAUGUUGCUGGACAUUGUGGCCAGGUCGCUGUACUCAGAAAAAGAGGUGUUUGUGCGUGAGCUGGUAUCAAAUGCAAGUGAUGCCCUUGAGAAGCUGCGUUAUGUGCGACUCACAGAACCCGAGUCGGUAUCGGCAGACUCCACUGAAGCGCCCCUGCAAAUCCACAUUGCCACCAACAAGCUGGCCAACACGUUCACCAUCCAGGACACGGGCAUCGGCAUGACGCGAGAGGAAAUGGUUGACAGUUUAGGCACCAUAGCACGAUCAGGCUCCAAAGAGUUCCUCCAGAAGCUGGCUGCGAACGACGGCAAUGCAAACUCCAUCAUUGGCCAGUUUGGUGUUGGCUUCUAUUCAGCCUUCAUGGUUGCCAACCGGGUGGAAGUGUUUUCGCAGUCACGUCGUGCAGGAGCCAAGGCGGUGCGCUGGAGCUCAGACGGCUCAGGCCAGUACGAAAUCUCGGAGGCUGAGGGCGUCCAGGAAGGCACCAAAAUUGUGCUCACCUUGAAGCCGGAUUGCUCGGACUUUGCUGAUGGGGACUUUGUGGGCAAAGUGAUAGAGAAGUACAGCAAUUUUGUAGGCAGUGCCAUCUACCUCAAUGGGCGACAAGUCAACACACUGCAGGUAAGAUACCUCAAUGCUUGUGGCCUCUUCUAAGAUGCACCUUGUGAA